CAGUGUCAACAAAGCGUGUCUACGGCGUAUGUGGUCGCCAUGUCAACUACAGUUUCUGUUUGCCGGAGUCGUGAGAACCGCGUUCCAACUUUCAGAGUGAACACCGGCCACCUGUUUACUACAGCAUUUUGAAGAGAAAAGACACCCACCUUCAGACAUGCAGAGGACUUUAGUCGACAUUAUAUCCAAGAUACCAACCCUUGACUCUGACCUGUCAUCAUCUGACACCGAAGAAGACAUGUCUAUUCUUCAUCAGCAUCCACCAGUGAGUCACUCUCUGGAAGGGACCAGUUUAGAAAAGUCAGAAGUCAAGUUUUUGCCUUCUUGGACUGCUGAUGACCAAAAAGGUGAUUAUAAUCAUCUGCUUCCAAUGGGUCACAAUACAGAAAGACCUAUUAAUGAAAGAGUGAAACAUAAAACAGAAAGCAAUCCUUCAGCAAACAAGACACAAUUGACUGAAAACCAGCUCUGUUCUUUUUUGUCACUGGCACCUCUUGAUACCUGGGAUCUCGACCACGUCCUUCAGACUCUAAAGCAACAUAAACCUCUUGUCAAGCCAAUUCAGGCUGAUAUACUAAAAGACAAUGAAAGGGAAAUGCAUGAAAAUGAUUUAAUGGAGCAGCUGGUUGCUUUUUGUGAGAGGAAAGUAAAUGAAACGGAAAUAAAACCUGCCAAAUCUGAUAAUACACAAGAAUUAUCUCUCAGAGCAACUGGGAGAGACGUGGUGGACUUUAAAAGGAGCUCAGUACAAUUACAACUCAAUGACGAUUCUCCCACUAUAUAUAUUGAUUUGCGCACAAAUGAAUUUCAAACAACACUGUCAGACGUUAGCCAGAGUGACAGUGCUAUAUGUCCUACAAACCUGGACAAGGAAAUUAUCUCCUCUAAAGAGACCACAAUUCCAAUAGCAAAUGGACAGAAAAGAGAAUUCGCAGGAAAGCGAUUACUACUGCACAACUCAAGUCAGUCAAAACAAAGUAUGUCAGAGAUGUCCGUGAGCUUGAGAAAUCCACAAGGUUUGGCUGAGGCUAGGCAGAGAAACUCUUCAGGGAAAACUAUAAAAGAAAACCAGCUUCAGGAUUCUGAAUCUUGCUGUAGUGAACCAGGUAUUCAGCGGGUCAAUGUCUGCUGUUCGCCUCCAAAAUAUAACCAUAAACAGAAUUCUCAAUCUUCUCACUUUCCAGUUGCUGGAAACAAACAAAGAGAUCACCACAAUCAUAAAAUCAGAUAUGAGAAAGAUCUCAAGUUUUUGCAAACAUCCAGACCUCAACGUUCGGCAAAUAACAGGGAUGACGUGGCUGAGAGGACUGAUAUUCUUUAUGACCCUGAAGCAUCCUACCUUCCUUCUGUGAACGCCUUACCUGCAGAGCUCCACACGAAGGACUGUUUGCUGUUGACUGUGCCCUUGUCCAGUCCUGGCGUGGUGGCUGGAAGAACGCAGCGGAAAACUCAGACCGUCAACUCAAUCCUAAUCAAAUCGCAUGUUUACAAUGCACUCAUAGCAUGGCUCAUGUCUUUGACCAAUCCUAAGGCUUGUAUGGGAAAAGGCAAUACGUUUGAUGCCCCUUUCUGGGUGGCUGGACUGCAGCAAUUGUAUAUAGAAGACAGCUUGGUUUUGUACAUUUGUGCUGCAUCUCUUGAGGGUGGUCCGACUGGCAGUAGGAAGAUGAGGGGGGCUGAAAUGGACGAGAACAAAUUUUACAGAAGAGUUUGCAAGUUCUUUGCCCAGACAUCAUUGAAGACUGUUGCGUUCUGGGUACCUCAGCUUAAUAAUUUACUGGAGAAACAGCCUUAUCCUGCACUUGUUCACUUGCCUUCAUCCUACCUGGACUGCUUCAUCUCUGUCAACCCAAAUCCAGAGGCUGUUGAAGAGAUCUUUAGUGUGAUCCCAGGAUUCUACUGGCAAACUCUGGAAACAGGGGACCAAAAGUGUAAAAGGACAGAAGCUACAAGUUUUCAACACUGUCAUACUGAGACAGCACUUGUUCUGAUAGGCAGAACCUUGUUUUUUAACCCACUGGCAAUGCACCACACACUUGAUCUAGUCUCCAAAUCAGGCCUAGAUGUGUGUGGUAUCCGUUUCCUCUAUCCGCCCCAAGAGCUAUUAACAAACUUUACAGUCAACAAGUCAGUUAUGCAUGGAGAGGAACAUACUCAUCAGCCAAUGCUAAUCAUGGCUUUCCGGGGGCCUUACGCUAACUCUGUGUGGCAGGAGAUCACAGGGCCAUCAGAUUUCCAGCUGGCAAGGCGGACAGAUCCAGCAUCCAUCAACGCCCUUUACCUUCACAGUCAGGACCCACCCCUGCUGUACUCACCCCGUCUUGCCAAUCGUGUGCAUCUGGGGCUCUGCUUGUUUUUUGGUGGUAGAACAGCAGAAAACGCAGUGUCAAUGAUUCAAAACUCUGGUGAAACAGAAGACAGAGUUUCUCAUAUUCAGACCUCUUCUACAGCAAGUCUAUGCGCCACAGUGAAAGGGGAUUUAUUUCUCCUUGUGUCUCCUGUGGUUGGACCAUGCUGUUACAGCUAUAUACUAUCUGCAUGCGCAAAAACAGGCUUCAGUCUGUUGGGACUUCAGAGAGUGCAGCUCUCCAGGAAACAAGCUCAAUCUUUGGGUCUCACCACUAGGCAGGUUGCAGCGUUUUGUCAUGCUCCCACAGUGUCUCUGGAUGGAGAACAGGUUGAGCUGUCCUCUCAUUGCCUGGUGCUGCUCAUGAGAAGAGAAAGCACAGUUAGAUACUCUUCCAGACUUCCAAUAGGUCUGAUGAACGAGCUUGUCGUAGAAGGCCUUAUUGGAUCAAUCCAGGCAAGAUUCACAGAUGUUGUUGGUCCAGAAGUCUGCUUUUACACCAUACCUUACUCUAAAAACCAUCAUAACGUUCUGGGUGGCCACAUGUGGACAGUUCCAGAGUCUAGCCACAUGGUCCUGUCCAAGUAUGCGUAUCCCUCUUGUCCAGAUGCAGAGCAGGUGGUGAUUCUCACACUGACUGGUCAAAACAUUAUGGAGAAUGAAAUAAAGUUUCUUCAUAAAGUUCUAAGAGAUCCAGCAGGACAAGAGGAAUUUGAGUUGCUGGCACUGAAGUGGGUGUCCCAGCUGUCCCAGCGACAGGCACAAGAGUUGAAUCCUUUUGAGAUUGGGGACAGAGAGUGGCAAAACAGUGUGCAAAGUUUGACAUCUACCCCUGCCCUGAUCUUGGCUCUAAGAAGAGUGAGGGCAUUCAUCACUCUACGCCAACAAUUACCGCACAAUUAUCCAGGAAGCCUUCGUGUAUUGAUGUCCCCCACUCCUGAGACAGCUUUCAGACAGACCUGCCUCUUCUUUUCUGAGGCAGAAUUGGUCCCUGAUCACAGCAGUCGUCCAUUGUUGAAAUUCCUGCCUCCUCAUCACAUUGACACUACAGGUCAUUCGCUUUACAGUUACAUGACACUGGGCCCACAGCCACUUUUGACUCUGGCUCUGUUCAAGCCUGGAGCCUGGAGACAAUGCUUUGGUAAAAUUCUAACCCUAAUCAAACAGAACGGAUAUACUCUAGUGGGCUUACGUGUACUUCUGCUGGACUCAACCAUGGCAAGCGCACUGAUACAUUCACCAGAGAAACAGGAUCCCACAGAGGAGUUGGAAUAUUUGAGAUCUGGGCCCUCACUAGCUUUAGGUUUGCUAAGAGUGAAUGCCGUAAUGAGGCUGUGGGAACUGAUGGGUCCUGAGGAUCCCAUUGAAGCCCGUACUGUAGAUCAGACACUAUGGAGGGCCCAGUUUGGCUCUGACAGACUCCAUAAUGGCAUCUAUGGAUCUCGAUCUUAUCGAAAUGCUAUAGAAGACAUGAAGCUGCUAUUUCCAAGCGGUGUGUGUUGCGCUGAAACUUCACUUAUGAGAUAUGAGCAGAUAUCAAGUUUGCAGUCGGAUCCCGAGGCUAGUUUGGACCAUGACCAUUUGCACACCUCCCAAACUGCUGUCAAAUUUUCAUCAGAAUUUGGUCAAGUGCCAGCAGGGCCUUUGGUCUGCACUGCUCUUUGUCAGACCACCUGCCUGCUGAUCCCAUCCAGCCUCCUCCAGCAGAGUCAGCCUCCUCUGUUCUCAGAACUGCUGCAGAGGCUGUUUAGGACAGGCUGCCAUCUGCUGGCCGGAAGGCUUUGCAUGCUAGAUAAAAAACAAAGACGCCACAUGUGUGAGUUACUGAGGGCCUCUGCUGGGGAAGAACUUCUACAUGAGGGUCCCUGCCUUGCCAUUGUUUUGCAAGCCGACAAUGCUGCGACAUGCUUCGACAUCAUUCUUGAGAGAGUUUGUAGGGAGAGACCUGACUUUAGGAGAGUUACAAGAAAACUUCUUUACCCACGCUUCAAAAAAGAGGCUGUGAAAUUGCUGUGUUACCUGUUCGACGAUUUUGGUCUUGACAGCCAUCACCGCAUAGCACUACAAUAACCAGAAGAUUUUGACAAUAGGUACUCAGUGGUGAACAUUUCAUUUUCUAUAGUUCUCAUCACUCAACUGUAUUUACACAAUGAAAUGACACAAAAACGUUUUAGAGUUCUAAAAUGUCAUGACACACCCAAAUACACCAAGAACCAAAUAAAGAAUGGUUCAGCGUACUUUGUAAUCAAUCUUCAUGGUGGAAAUAAGAAGACAAAACACUCAAGGCAGGUUAAAGAUCAAAAAUUAUUUAAUUCCCAAGAUGACAAAAAUAAUUCCAUGAAUUCUGUAAACCAUUGCAUAACUGCUGUAGUGUGUAGACAAGUGUUAACAAUUUUUAAAUGAUACACUACAAGAGAAAGAUUAUGCAUUAUAAAUAAUACCAUCUUAAGUAAUUCUAGUGAAGAAAAAUCCUCUCUGACCAUCAAAAAACAUACAACUAUUCCAUAAAGAAGCCUCCAUAACUUAAACACAGAACUCCCAGUAAAUGUUUUUUAAGGUCUCGUGUUGACAACACAUACACAAAGUAUUAUACUGACAGCAAAAUUGUAUAGUAUUUCAACACUAAUUAGAAUAUAAGCUGUUCUAUAUAUCGAUGCAUACUGUACCAAAAUAAGGGAUAUGUUUCUUUCCUCGUAAUAUAUAAAUGUUUUCCUCGUUUUGACUAUUGAGCUAAUAAAUCUGUGAGUUGCAGUUUCAUUUGAAAA